AAGAGCCAUAUGCAUAUCAUGAUCUACAGCUUGCUUACCUCUCGUGUGUUUAAUUUCUUGUAUAGAGAUGCCCGACUAGGAACUCCAAAGCAUUACUGCGACCAGCCUUGCCUUUUGCAUACCACUCAGACCAACAUUCACAACACUGAGCAUUCACUGAUGACAACAUUCUUAUCACGAGGUGCAAUACUUGUUAUAAUUGAGCUGUUACCCCCUUUUAUUCCUAUCUAACACACCAAAAUCAUCAUAUAAUCUCAUCUUCUAAGCUGAUAACCAACACCUUCUACCUCUCACCGCACAACUUCAUCGGACCAUGUAUUGGACCAACGAAGCCAACGCCAAACUCUUGGUUGGUGUAUUGGAGCAGAUGCGUGGGAAGCUCAAGCUUGAUUACGAAAGACUUGCCACCCACAUGGGCAGCGACUGCACCGCAUGCGCGAUCGAACAGCAGAUAACAAAGCUCAAGCGUCAGGCGAACAACUCCAGUCCCACCAAGAGCACUGCCGGCAGCUCGGGUGACAAGUCGACCUCAACUACUACUCCGUUCAGUACCCCCAUGAAGCGACAGCCUGAUAUCGCUUGCAAUUUUCACAAGCGUCCGGCUAAGAAGACCAAGUUGGAUGAUAAGGAUGCACCCGUCUCUCGUUCUAAAUUGGUAACUGUGAAGCGGGAUAUCGAAUCGGAUGUCGUCUUUGUUAAGACAGAGACUAAGUCUAUGGUCAUGGAAAAAAUCAAGGAGGAAAGAUCGUGAUUGAUCCCAGGUCAAUACCUCUCUGGUAGAUAUUGGGCGCUGGGUUAAGGGAGGGAAGAUCAAUGUGAAAUAUGCUUUCUUUGAAGAACAACACAAAUAGCUG